AUGUCGACUGCUUUAGCCAAGGUCCUGCAUAGGAUGCAGGCUCUAUUCUCGAAUAUUGUUGCUGCACUCGAGGCAAUGCUACUAUUCCCCUCUGUAUUCCGCGACCCUUCACAUAUGGCCCGCAAGUCAGCUCGCGCGGCCUUUCGGCGCCGUCGGGCUCUUAGUGCCUUUGCUGAUGAGAUCGAUCGGGCGUUUUCGACACCCUUGACUUUGCAAAACAUGCUCACAAUGUCUGAGAAGAUCCGUGAGCAGUUCAGGACAGGCCUGGAGUCUAGCCCGAUCUGUAUGCUGCCGUCAUAUAACCAUGCCCUACCAUCCGGAAAGGAGGAAGGGACCUUUCUCGCGCUCGACGUUGGCGGCUCAACGAUGCGGGUGGCCUUGAUUGAGCUUCGUGGGCAGGGGAAGAUGGAGAUUCUGCGUGUAUCCUCCUCACCGAUAGACAACGAGGUGAAACUGCUGGAGGGGACCUCCUUCUUCGACUGGAUGGCCGAGAAGAUCGAAUCAAUGCUGCGCGAGGUCGGCACGAACUAUGGACGUGAAAAGAUUCCGCUUUCUAUGGGGCUGUCAUGGUCAUUUCCGAUUGAACAGACUUCGGCUAGCAGUGGUCUCGUCAUUCAUAUGGGCAAGGGGUUCUUAUGCUCCAUGGGUACUGUUGGGCAGGAAUUAGGUGCGCUCAUCGUUCAAUCGUGCAAGAAGCGCGAUCUCAAUGUACGAGUGGAUGCCAUCGUGAACGACAGCUCUGCUGCAUUGCUCUCUCGAGCAUACGUCGACCCAGCUACUCGCAUGUCUCUGAUUCUCGGGACCGGCACCAAUGUGGCCAUCCACUUUCCGGUCCAUGCAAUUGGGCUGAACAAGUUUGGCACGCGACCUGCCGGCUGGUUCGACUACGCCAAGCACGUUAUCAUUAACAGCGAAAUGAGCAUGUUUGGUGGUGGGGUUUUACCAAUGACUCGAUGGGAUGACACUCUGAACCGCACUCACCUUAGACCCGGUUACCAGCCGCUGGAGUACAUGGCUACCGGCCGGUACCUUGGUGAAAUCAUUCGACUGAUCAUCGUCGAGGCUGUUGAAACCGCACACCUCUUUGGUGGGGAACUGCCACAUUCCAUGCGUGACGCUUACUCUUUCGACACCAGUAUCGUUGCAUUUAUUGAGGCCGAUAAAUCGCCCUUCCUGACUGCAUCUGCCGCUCUUCUCCAGAAGGAACACACCUUCUCCAGUGCGCCGUCUCAGGAGGAUCUCAAAUUCCUUCUCAGAGUGUGUCAGAUAGUCUCAAAACGUGCGGCGGGCUAUCUUGCUACGGCAAUUCACAGCAUGUGGUGCCUACGCAACGAAGCUGAAUUCCCAGACGUGCCACCCACCCCAUCGUCAAGUAAAGGGCCGGUUACAGUGACUGAGAGCGGUGCCAACCCUGAAAGUCUCUCAAUCGCAUGUGACGGUAGCGUCAUCAACAAAUACCCCGGUUUCCGCGACCGCUGCCAAUCCUACAUCAACCAGCUCACCCGAGAGACGAGCUUGGCCAAGGUAUCGCAACACUCGAGCGAGGAACCUUGCAUCCGUCUGGAGCCCGCGCCUGAGAGUGCCAUCCUCGGCGCUGCUGUUGCCGUUGCGGUGGCAGUGGCUGAUAAGCAAGCGGAGUCCACCAUUCUCUAG